GUUCUAUAGAUAUAGAUGGGCAUUUUCUGUUUCUUAGUGCUUAUACAUGAAGGUUAUUUUCCAGUGACCAGUAAUGUGUACAGUCUCCAAAGGAGGGUUAAAGAUGAUGCAGAGCAGAAAGAUCAGAGUCCUCAAGAUCCCAUUGUUGAAGUUAUAACACCUGACGUGUACAAUAACUAUGGUGCAGAUGGUUCCAGGGGUUCAUUUUCUGGGAUCUGGUCUCGGACGUUGAGGGUCAAAAUAACUGGAAGAGAUGGAUUUGAGAAACUUGAUGUUAGGAUUCCUGCUGGAUUCUUGGAUGGAAUCACAAAUAUAGUUCCAGCUCUCGGCGGUGUAAACAUCAAAGAACUGUUGAAUGAGGCAGCUGAUGAAAUGGGAGGGAAAGUGCUGUUAGAUUUUAAUGACACAAUUGGUGAUAGGAUUCAAGUUUUUCUAGAGUAAAUCCAAAGAGGUUUUACCAGUUUAAUGCUAAAGGAAUUCUCUAUAUAAUAUGAACAGUCCUCCAAGACGCUUUGUUUAUUGGGUGUUCUCUUAAGAGACAAUUUCUCAAAUUGGGUAGAAAAAUACCAAAUGCAGAUGCAAGUGUUUAACUUCUAUGAUUGGUGCAGGGGUAAGACCUACACACUCAUACUUGGCAAAAGAAACUGGUGGUGAGAACAAUGUCAGGUUUAGAAGAAAUAUUGUCAUAAAUAUUAGCACAUUAAGGAAGAAAUGAUAGAAAAAAGUAUGUACAAAGUUUGAUAAAACUUUCUUUUCAAGAGAUGGUGGAUAAAUAUUCUUGA